UUUUUACACGUCAGCUUAAUUAACUAAGAAAAUAAUCCCCAGGGCCAGCUCUAUUUUGAAAGGUUGGGGGUGGGCGAUUAUCCACCAUCCAUAUACGUAUGAACAUGAGCACAUAUUAUUUUCCAUAAACAGAGAAAAAACAGUUAAAAUGAGGGAGCUGACACUGGACGUCAAGGGACCCACCUCUUUCGACGACCAUGGUUUCUAAAAAAAAAAAAAAAAAAGACAAAUCAGCACAUUCUGUGAUCGAUUACUUCGGUCUCACUGGUGGAAGCCAGCUACCUGUCAGUGAGCUUGCCACUUUUACUGUUUAUCUAGCUAACUGACAUCCUAGCAAGCUUAACCAGCUUUCAACUAACAAUUGGUUUGCGUUUUCAACGUAUUUGUGACAAUUGGGUUCCUCUGGUAACUCGCUUUAACUAGCACUCUACUCCUCGUCCGCUGCUGUUUACAUGGCUACAACAUAUGGCUCGCUAGCUAAUAUAACAUAUGGCUAAAAAUGGAGGCUCUUUUUGAACAUUUUAUUUAUUUCCCCGUGUCCCCGGUUGCCACUGGGACUGGGACGGAGGAGUUGGCGACCCUGCCCGUCAGAACGAGCUUCUACCUCGGCGAAACGGUGCACUUGUUGCUGGUGUUAAAGUUCCGGGGGGGAGCUAGCUGUAUUAAGAUUGGUGAACUGUAUGCCGUGGCGACCGUUAGCGAGGACUACAAUGGCGGCGGGAAGAGGAGAUCAUUUGAAAACAGUCUCCAUCGCAGCGAUGAGGACGACGAGGACCGACUCAAAAGUAGCAUAAGGACAUUUAAACACUGCAACCCGCUUCUCAACCACAGCAAUCAACGACAUAGCAUGGAACCAGUCAAGUCCACAGUGAUGUCUGAUGAGCACGUUUGCUUCCAUCUUUCUGUUUCCUUGGACAAACUGCCAGUCAGCACACGACAAGCCAAGGUCGCAGUGACGCUAUGGGAAGAGGAUGAAGACUCGAUGGAAGCAAGGGAACAUGGCUACCUUCAUCUCCUGCAGCUCUACAAUCCCAUGCACACCUUCAGAGAAGACCUCCACCACACAUUUAAGACACAAGUCCACGCCACCUUGAAGGUUCUGCCGCCUCCUAGUGUUCAGUGUCAGCAAAUGACAAUCUCUGGAAAAUAUGUGACUUUCCUCAAAGUGUUGAACUGCAGCUCUCAGGAGGAGGUUUGCAUCACAGAUGUGAAGAUCCUCCCCAACUAUAACUUGUCGUACCUGCCCAUGAUGCCAGAUGGUUCUGUUCUUGUUGUCGACAAUGUCUGCCACGGGUCGGCCGAGGUCACCAUGGCGUCCUUCUACCGAGUGGACAGCCGGUCAUCACGCCUACCCAGCAUGCUCAGCGCACUGGAGGAGCACAACUUCCUGUUUCGGUUGCAUCUCCACGACAAGGAGGAGGAGGACUCUAGCGAGGGUCUGGAGGUGCCGCUUGUGGCUGUGUUACACUGGUCCACGUCAGCCCUCCCGUACACCAGGUACAUCUCCACAUUUUACUCGUUGCCGAGCAUUCGUUUGAGUCGCCCCCGUCUAGUCAUGAGUGCGACCUGUCCAAGCGCCGUCAAGCCUCUGGAGAACUUCUGGGUGAAGUACACCCUGCUCAACAACCUGCAUGACUUCCUGUCUGUACGUCUGGUGUGGAAUCUGGAAGGUGGCAAAGAAGGCCACCAGGGGGACCCCAAGGUGGUGUGCCAGUCUCCCUUCAACAACCUUGGUGGCUGUAGGAAAGGCUCCAUCGUCUCCUUCACUGUCGCCUUCCAGAUCCUUGGAACGGGACUUUUUGAGCUGAGCCAACACAUGAAGAUGAAGCUCCAGUUUACGGCCCCUCCGGUUUACGGUCCUGCGUCUGAACCCCGGUCACCCCAGACAAACUCUUCAGAGAGAACCAGCCUGGGACAAUCCACAAGUUUCUCACACCAACAACCUCCCAUAAUGCACCAUGUCAGGACAGGUAGCAUGAUGGAGCAUCCGCCCAGCAGCAGCACUCCUCUUUGCCCCCCCCAGGCGGUCAAAGGCCUGUGUCGGCCCCCUCCUGAGCAUUCCCUCAUUUCAUUGGACAAAGUGGUUAAAAGAGGAUGCCAAGUGUUUGUGUUGGACAGCAGGUAAAACCCAGCCACUAGUUUUUAGGUCAGCUGCUGUUCAUACGGGCGUUCCCACUGUCAUGGAAUAGUGGGCAUCACUCUUGACGUGCUAGCGCUUCCCAGCGUUGCAAGUUCCUAGUUCCACAUCCUUACUUGAAUAUUUUCAUUUUCAAAAUGGAGAAUAAGGAUUCCAAUAUUUUUUGUUCAUUAUUAUUUAUUAAUUCAUUCAUUUUCUAUACCGCUUAUCCUCACGAGGGUCGCAGGGGUGCUGGAGCCUAUCCUAGCUGUCUUCGGGGUACACCCUGGACUGGUGACCAGCCAAUCACAGGGCACAUAUAGACAAACAACCAUUCACACUCGCAUUCAUACCUAUGGACAAUUUGAAUUAUUAUGGUUAUUAUUAUUAUUAUUGUUAUUGAGGACUUUUUCCCAUUUUGAUCGUGUAGUACUGAGCAGCCAGGACAGGGAUAUGUGAGCGCUUUGCUGUUGUAAUUCCUAUUUUGGAACACAUUCAUCCGUAGUUUUAAUUUUUGGAGAAAUUGCUGCAAUGCUACGCUAGUGCUACAUCACCGUAGGUUCCAUUUCCAGGUCUGUGGUUGUCCCCCCUCUGGGGCUAGUCAAGGGUUGGCUUAUUGACAGGAAAACGCUAGUCCAAGAGCCUUCAUAUGCCAGGACUGCUCUGGUCUUUUUGUAGCAGUUCCUUGUUUUUAACAUAAAUAUAUUUGACUAGCGUCUUUUGGAAGAUCCUGACAUGACGUAGUUGGUGGCUCCCGCAAAGACGAGCUAACGUGUUCAAGACAACCCAACAAAGAGGUGGGCGUCUAUCUGCCCCCCCUUCUCUGAUCUUGAUUGGUCAAAAAAUACAUGGCCGUAAUAGGGCUGGGCCAUGUAGCGAUAUUUUAAAUGAUCAAUAUUUCUAUUGAGCACAAUGUCAAAAUCAAGCGUAUCGUACAUAUUGAUAUAGACAGGAUUUAAUGCCAAGGUGUCAUAUUUCAAGAAGGCGCCGCCUAGGUGGGCGGACUUGACAAAACUGCUACUUCUAAGUAUGCUAACACCAGACAAAGAUCACUGUAGGCAUCCAAGGACCAACUGCCAGAAUGCUGGUCCAUCGUAGUCUGUACACUGGUUUAUUUAUUUCCUAUUUAUGUUUUUAUUCGCUAAUAUUUAGGAUCGAUGUUUUGUUUUCUGUGAAAUAUGUAUUGAUCUGGUUUGUCGCCUGCCAUGUUGACCUACUUUUAAUUCUUAGACUCCUUUAGAUUGCAUACAUCCCAAUGUUUCAAUGACAUUUUCAAACUGUUAAUGUUCUUUUUUAAACACCUCGGCAAAAAAAAAAUGUGAUGGCAUUGGAAUAAAUACAUAAUUAAAAGUCA